GGCGGGGGUCGGCACGGCCCGCGGGACCCGGGCCAGGACCAGGAGCGGGUCUGUGUCGCCGCUGUCACCCCUAGCCCGGCUGCGGUCACCCUGCCAGGCUGUCCCUACACCGCAACCACGGGCCCCUCAUGAAGCCCCUGAGUUUGGGCGCUCCCCUUCGUAGAGGUAAAAAAGGCGGGAAACAGUUCCACAUAGGGGCCUGGGAUGAGAAAGCAGGGAUUGGGGUUUGGGUGAGCUCUGUGCUUCAAGAAGCAAGGGUUAGGGAGUUGCACAUAUGGGCAUUGGGAUAGGAUGGAGAUUGGAUGGAGCUCUCUCAUGCCCUGAGAGCUCAGACAGCAGGCGAAGCUCAGGGUGGGCAGAGGUGAUUAGGGCAGCCCACCUUCCCCUGGCAGGCUGACGUGUUCCUAGAGGCAGCUCCCAGGUGGUACAGCCAGCUCACCUUGUGCUCUGAAGUCAGGCCAGCUAACAGCUGACACGGCUCAGCACAGUCCCCAUUUCAGACUCCCACUGCCUGACCUUAGGAGCCCAAAUAUCAAGAGACUUUGGUCUUAAGAGAAACUCAUUGAACUCCAACAAAAUAUGUGUGUAUUUCUGCCAUGAAAAUCAGAUACACUCAACCUUGCAGAUUAAGGAUAAUGUUUACUGGUUUUAAACUCACUGUUGUUUAGCAUAGGUGUUCUGUGCUGACCUAGAGGUCGGUCUUGCCCAUAGGUUGUGUUGUCUGGAGCAUCACUAAUGCAGGAUAAAUUAUAAGUACAUGAAGAGUAAGCUAAGAGCAGACCUAGUGCAACAGGGGAUUGUAGCACACAUUCCUCAAGUUUGUGAAUCAGAUUUAGGAGCUGAAUGGUUACAGCAGCUCUGCCAAGUUCAGAUAAGGAAAGAAAUGCCACUGAGGCAUGUCACAAGGAGAUAGGGCAGCCUUUGAACAAGUUUGCCAUGUAUGUCCCUGUCUCAGUAUGCAAUCCCCAUGGAUGUCCUACCCAAAUCUGUUACUGUCCAUGGGUUUAAUUUGUGCAUGCCCUGGGGUAAGCAGCAUUAUUCUUGCAGGAACACCAAGAAGUUCUCUUCCAUUGACCCAGAUCAUUGAUCAAGCUUGCCAAGAGGCAGAAGCUUACAAAGAUGCUGGAGUUGAUGCCCUGAUGGUGGAGAACAUGCACGACGUGCCGUACACGGUGUGCCCGGGCCUGGAGGUGACGGCUGCCAUGGCAGUGCUGGGGGCUACCCUGAGACAGAGCUGUCCCCGUGUCCCGCUGGGUGUCCAGGUGCUGUGUGCUGCCAACCAGCAGGCAAUAGCCAUUGCUCUGGCUGCAGGUCUUGAUUUUAUCCGGGCUGAAGGAUUUGUGUUUUCUCAUGUGGCUGAUGAAGGGAUUAUAAAUGCCUGUGCAGGUGACUUGCUACGAUACAGAAAACACAUCGGAGCAGACAACAUUCAGAUUUUUGCUGAUAUUAAAAAGAAACAUAGCGCUCACGCCCUGACGGCCGAUGUCAGCGUGGCCCAGACCGCGGCCGCUGCCCAGCUGUUCCUGGCCGACGGCGUGGUGCUGACCGGCACGGCCACCGGGCACCCCGCUGACCCCCAGCAGCUGCGAGAGGUUAAGCAAGCUGUGAAGAUUCCUGUGCUGGUUGGGUCUGGAGUGACUCUGGAGAAUGUGAGGAAUUACUUGGAUGCAGAUGCUCUGAUAAUUGGUUCGUAUUUCAAGAAAGAAGGAUAUUGGGCAAAUGCUGUUGAUCCUGACCGAGUCAAGAAAUUCAUGGAACACAUAAGUAAACUGAGGGAAUGAGUUUGUCAGCAAACACUGUUUGUUUGUGUAGGUUUGUAGAAAUGCAGUGUGAUACAUCCUACGCAAUUGAAGCACAAAUGCGUGGCCGAAUGGCAAAUAACACCAAAUAAAAAUGCACAUCAUCUCCAUAACUAGCUGGGAAGCUUGGUGCCAUACCUCACAAUAACCAGAUGCUCUGAUGUUUGCUUCUAGGCAGCACAUUUCUGUGGUGCUCAAAGCCACCAGCAGUGUAAAAUUAACUCUGAAAUCUUGUGUGAGAUAUUCUCUCCUGUAAGUUAAAUGCGUAUGGAGUUCAAGAAUUUUUAGAAAAUGUUCAUCACAGGUGAGCUGAGUUCUAUUUUGCCUCUAAGUACACUAUGUUGCCCUAAGUUUACAGCUAAAAGUGUUGUAAAUUGGACAAGUUAAUUAGCCUUUCAGUUUCCCAUCUGUAAAAUGAUGAUAAUAGCACCUACAUCACACAGGGGCCGUAAGACAUAAUGAAUGAAUGUACAGCACUUUCAUCUCUCCAAAUGAAGGGCUCUUUUAAAGUUCAAGAUCAUUAUUUUUUCAUUAGAAUUGUGCAUUUAUACAAUUGCUACAUUUUUGUAAUACCACACAAAAAUUUAAGAUAAUUGGGGUAUUGAUUUACUUACAAUACUUAUUAGAGAAUAAAUGUAAAUAUUUAAUUACAUUUUAAGUAGAUUUGGAAUGUAGUCAAAAUGCUUUUGCAAAAACUGGAAAUUUUAAUAAAGGUUUAUUAUUUUUCAGCAAGCA